CAUGGCCGCCGCGCCGCAGCGGCUCUUUCUUUUUAUGUGUUCCUCUGGCUGCUCCCUCUCUUCCUCCCCUCCUCUCUCCCUUCCGAGCUGUGCAUUGCCUGGCUUCAUUCUCUUUUUCUUCCGCAUCCCUCUCGCCUCUCCUCCCUCUUCCUUCCUUUCGACCUCUGUCACCAUCUCUCGACCGGGUUGGCCCUCACAUCACCACCCGUUGCGAAACUGCUGCCCGCUGUUGGCUUGAGACGGGGAGAGCCCUGCUGCAACUGCCGCCAACAACCAUCCCACGUACUUGGGACUCAACUGCCGGUUCGGCACCUACAGGGCUGUUAUAGUUGGCACGCAAACAACGGACAGCGUCUACGACACGCAACUCGGUCGUCUGCGACAAGCCCCCGCUCCCCGCGCGCAUUCCCGCCCGCACCAGGUUACUAUUUAGAACAUCAGCGGUUCGAGCAGGCGAGACACCACGCGCGCGCACCGCAGCCAUGAUGGAAAAGAAAGAGGAGACGGGCUACGGCCUAAAUGUCGAGGCCAGUCGGCCUGGCGAGACGACCAACGAGUAUAACCUGGCCGAGCAGCACGACCAGCUCGCUCGCGGCCUCAAGUCGCGCCACAUUCAAUUCCUCGCCCUCGGCGGCGCCAUCGGCACUGGAUUGUUCGUCGGCUCUGGCGGUAUCCUCGCCAGCACCGGCCCCGCGCCGCUCUUCAUGGCCUACCUGUCCAUGUUGAUGAUUGUGUGGAAUGUCAUGAACAACCUCGCCGAGAUGGUCACGUACCUGCCCAUGCGCGGCAUCACCGUCCCCUACUUUGUCGACCGUUUCGUCGACCCCAGCUUGGCUUUUGCCGCGGGUUGGAAUUACUGGUACGCCUACGCCAUGCUGGUGGGCGCCGAGGCCACCGCCGCCGGCAUCGUCAUCGACUACUGGGGCGCCAACGUCAACAUCGCCGUCUGGAUCACCAUCGUCCUCAUCGUCAUGCUGCUGCUCAACAUCAUCGCCGUUAGCUUCUUCGGCGAGGCUGAGUUCUGGUUCGCCAGCAUCAAGCUCAUCACCAUCUGCGGCCUCAUCAUUCUCGGCGUCGUCAUUUUCUUCGGCGGCGCCCCCAACCAAGACGGCAUUCUCGGCUUCCACUACUGGAAGGACCCGGGUGCUUUUGUCCCUUACAAGGCCGACGGCGACGCUGGCCGCUUCCUCGGCUACUGGCACGCCUUUGUCUCGGCGGGCUUCGCCUUCAUCACCUCGCCCGAGCUCAUCGCUAUCGCCGCCGGCGAGACCGUCUCCCCGCGCCGCAACAUCCCCAAGGCCGCCCGCCGCUUCGUCUGGCGCCUGGCCAUCUUCUACGGCAUCUCGUCCCUCAUCAUCGGCAUCCUGGUGCCCUCGGACGACCCGCAGCUGCUGGGCGCCUCCAACGCCAGCGCAUCCCCCUUCGUCAUCGGCAUCCAGCGCGUCGGCAUCCCCGUCCUGAACCACAUCAUCAACGCCGCCAUCCUCACCUCGGCCUGGUCCGCCGGCAACUCCUUCCUCUACUCGGGAAGCCGUGUGCUGUACUCCAUGUCCCUCACCGGCCAGGCCCCCAAGUUCUUUAACCGCACCAAUCGCCGCGGCGUUCCGUGGGUCGCGGUCCUCUUCACCUGGGCCUUCGGUCUGCUCGCGUACCUCAACGUGUCCAACACGGGCGCCACCGUCUUCAACUGGUUCGUCAACAUCUCCACCAUUUCCGGAUUCAUCGCGUGGAUCGUCGUCAUGAUCACCUACCUGCGCUUCCGCAAGGCCAUGAUCUACAACAACAUGCUGCAUGUCCUGCCCUACAAGACGCCGCUGCAGCCCUACGCCACCUGGAUCGUCCUCGUGGUGGUCUCGCUGCUCACCAUCACCAACGGCUUCCAGACCUUCAUCCCCUUCAAGGCCAAGGACUUUAUUGCCGCCUACAUCACCCUGCCGGUUUUCCUGGUCCUGUACAUUGGCCACAAGAUUUGGUUCCGCACCCCUCUGUGCAUCCCCCUGGACCAGGUCGACGCCGUCACCGGCAAGAAGGAGAUGGACGAGCUCGAGGCCAUGGAUGAGGAGCGUGUCCCCAAGAACUGGCUGCAAAAGGCCUGGUACUGGCUCGCUUGAGCCGGGGGCACGAGCGCGGCAGAGACGUGGGGGAGAGGACUGUUGCGACAAUCUUGGAUUAUGUGUGCGUGUGCUGUAUGGCCAAGAUAUGGUUGAUACCCAGGACAUAAUGAGCAUGAAUAUAGCUAUGCAUUUUUCAG